AUGGACAAGCGAUCACGCUCCGGAGUGCCGAUGACCCCAGCUCAGCUCCGCCGUCUAGCUCGUGCAGAGACCAAGGCUACCGGAGCGGACAACAUCACUUCCAAGGUUCAAACUUUGGAUCUGAAGAGUGACUCGGCUCCUUCGGCAAUACUUUGCUAUCAAAAAGUUGUACUGAAAGUGGAAUUUUUUUCCAGAACUGUGUGCUUGGGUCAGGCCGACCCUUUGGCGUGCUAUGUGAGCUCGUUGGUUCGCGAGCAUAGGUGGUUCUCUCUUACCAGGGACAACACCUACGCUCUGGCCGACUGUGACCUAAGGGGACGCACAAAGGAUCGUCAGUUUCAACUGGUCCAGGCAGUGAACUUCGAAACAGCUGCAGGAGAAAGCUACGUGCUAUUCUUGUGCUCCUGUGACGAAGCACGGGAACAACACGAACGGCUCUCAGCCACAAGCUGUGUAGUGACGGGUGAGGAUAUUCGAGAUUUUGCAGUGCGGGAGGAAGGACUUUACUGCCUGCACGCCCGUGCAGCAAAACAUAUCAUCGCCACGCCACUCUCAGUGGAAGUUGAGGGAGAUGAGGAGCGCGAGGACGGUCCUGUGGAGCAGCUUCAAACAGAGCCGUUCAUCGCUGCUGCCCAUGACGGAGACACAUACGGGAUUCUGAAGCGUAUGGGGGACGGUGGUAAGCUUUGUUGCGUGUCGUGUAGCGGGCGCCAGAAGAGUUGUGCGCACGUCAGUGCGUACAAGGAAUGGUGUAGGGACAGGAAUGUGGACUCGAACCUCGUGUUGACGGUCUCUAGCGAGCCUCGCUUUGAGUCUGUCUCCACAUCUCCUGUACCUUAUCCAUUCACACAAGAGAUGAGGGAAAAGUUUCAUAGGUAUGUACAUCAUACCGAGACUUUUCCUCAGAAUCUGGUGCCUGAUGUACCCGCUGGCGCAUGCAGACACGGACACGACUGGGACGACAGAGAUCCUGUGGCCCAGGAGUGGAUCCAGCAUGUCGGCGUGUGCAUCUACACCCGCUACGCCACCAUCACCGACUACUACGCCGGCCCCGAUGGACAACAGCCACGGGUGGUCUUCUACAGGCCAACCGUAGGCGACUGCGGAUGCCGUCAUAUGUAUGACGGGUCCGCGGACCUCUUACACAACAUCGACAAUAGGCACAUGAUCUUCUAUGGGCUGCUGGUGGACUAUCUCCAUUCCAUGGUGGAGGGUCGCCAGCCCCUGAAAACGAUGGAGAGAGUGUGCAACAGAACGAGGUCUGUGUGCGACUUGGACAACUUCAAGGGAAUCCCGUACGGCAUUCUUCGGCAAGGGUGGAACACAUGGGCCAGGAGACUGGACAUUGACUGGAAGAAGCCAAUGUCUGUUGCAAAGGACGCUGGGAUAUGUUGA